AUGGUACCACCAGAGUCGUCGACGGCACGUUUGUGUGAUGUGGAAUCGAGUGAUAUUGUCACCACAACAAUAUUCAGUAGUAAUUCAUCGUCAGGGGGUGAUGUUCAACUGAAUGCGGCUUACAAUAAUAAACGAGCCACCCAAAAGGAGAAGGAUCUAAUUGCAGCGAUUUCAUGGCGACGUAUCAUGUUGUUGAUUGUUGCCGUUACUGUGCACAACAUUCCGGAAGGUUUAGCGGUCGGUGUAGCAUUUGGAUCGAUUGGCAAAGCCCCGAAAGCAACAUUUGAGUCAGCUUUUAAUUUAGCACUCGGCAUUGGACUGCAGAAUUUCCCAGAGGGUCUUGCAGUAUCGUUGCCAUUGGCUGCGUUUGGUCACAGCAAAUUCAAAUCCUUCAUAUACGGUCAACUUUCAGGUAAGUAUAUCGCAUGCAGUCUCGGCAAUUCCCGUAGGGGAUUUCCAGAAGUUUGGGGAGUUCUCCGAGAGGAGGGAGGGAUUGCAUGA